AGCGCAGCCGCCGCCGCCGCCGCCGCGCCCCGCCCCGCCCGGCCCGCGCAGGCCGCCGCCGCCAUGGCCGCGCUGCACGCCAAGGCCGGCGGCCCCCCGCAGAUCCCCGACACCCGCCGGGAGCUGGCCGAGCUGGUGAAGCGCAAGCAGGAGCUGGCGGAGACGCUGGCCAACCUGGAGCGGCAGAUCUACGCCUUCGAGGGCAGCUACCUGGAGGACACGCAGAUGUACGGGAACAUCAUCCGCGGCUGGGACCGCUACCUCACCAACCAGAAGAACUCCAACAGCAAAAACGACCGAAGGAACCGCAAGUUCAAGGAGGCUGAGCGGCUCUUCAGCAAGUCCUCGGUCACCUCGGCUGCGGCGGUCAGUGCAUUAGCUGGAGUUCAGGACCAGCUCAUUGAGAAGCGGGAGCCAGGCAGUGGCACAGAAAGUGACACUUCUCCAGACUUUCACAAUCAGGAGAAUGAGCCCAACCAGGAGGAUGCUGAAGAGCUGGAUGGGUCUGUGCAGGGGGUGAAACCCCAGAAAGCUGCUUCCUCUACUUCUUCUGGGAGCCACCACAGCAGCCACAAAAAACGGAAGAACAAAAAUCGACACAGCACUGCCCUCCGUGGGCCCGCAUAACGGGCUGCUUAGCCAUGGCUCGGUGCCCCCCAGCAGAGCUAGCCCAGGGCUUUCUACACCAUCUGCCAGUGCACUGUGGAGCUGGGGCCUAAGGGGAAAAAAACAUGGAAAUCCAUGGCCUUGGGGAGAGGAGACGUUUACUGCAGAACUGCACCACUGGAAACGAUUGCUGCAAAUGGUACCUAAAGAUUAUUAGAAGGAGCUUUUUAAAAGUGUUCUUGCUAACUUUGAGCUUGUUGGCUUUAUGUAUGGAUGGGCUUUACUUUCCUCUUUAAGGGACCUUCCCAUACAAUCACAAGAGAGAAAUGUUUUCAAGAAAAGUGGUAAAAAUUUACAAAGAUUGCUGGGGGAAGGUUGGUUUGGUAGAUACGGAGGUAGGUAUAGCACUUGAAGAAUGUUUAACUAAUUUUAUUUGUUUAUCAGGUUGUGAGUCAUUAGCGUGUCUUUAAUUCUUAGGUCAGAAUUUUCUUCCUACAGCAGUUUUUGUUGGGCAAACAUCCUAAAGUACUGGAUGUCCCUUUGGUUCCUCAUGAGCUGGGAAUCCAAAGCAGUUCAAAACUUUCUUUUUUUUUUUUUUUUGGCCUGUAGGCAAUUGGAAAGAAGUUCAGGAAUAACACAAGAAACUACAUCUGUAGACAAAUUCAAAGAAGCAGUCUGUAAAACUGAAGUACCGCUUAAGAAAAUUGCUUUUUCAAACAAAUUAUAAAAUUAAGCACUUAAAUGGACAGCAAACCAAUCCAGUGCAGAUGCAGCGGGGUGCAAUACAAAAGCUGUAAAUAAUAUAAAUUGUUUUGCUCUGUUACAUAGCCCGAACUUUAGUGACAGGAGUUAGGAAGAAACUGCCCUACUGGCAGGUUGUGUUGCUUUGGGGUUUCUUCUACAUUCCUUCCACUGAAGCAGCUGAUGCUGUCUACUGUCUGGGACAGUGUUGGACAUGAGGAGCCCUGGUCUGAUCUGGUAUGGCCAUUCUUAACGUCCCAAGAGAUACGUCAGAUGCAUCUACAUUACAGAAGGGCUUAGUAAGUUAGUAAUUGACUAUUUUGUAGUGCUUAGCAUGGCCAGAUAGAUAACUAAAAGAGGAUAAAUAAGUUUCUAAUAAAAACUCUGUUAAAAUUGUGAUGGCCAUUGUUGACUGUCCCCUAAAUUUUUGGCAGAAAAGACCAAACAAUUGUCAAGUACCUCUAGAUUAAAAAAGAGAAACAACAACAAAACAGUCCCAGUCUACUGAAAGUGUAGCAAAGUGUUUUAAAAUGCAUUACAGCCCAGAGUGCUCUUUCAGAUGAGACCGGUGUGUCUGUUUCUUGAGUGUCACGGAACGAAAAAGAGAAAAAUAAAAAGAAAUACUGGCAUGUCUUUUUGUUCAGAAACUCUUCCAUUUGCCAGCAUACGACUGAGUUCUGCUCACCUGUCCCUGAAGAACGGGGAGGUGAUGGGAGCAGGCACCCAGGAGGUGCACUGACCCCGCUGGAUUUUCUGCUUUGGGCGCCACCCAGAGCUGUGUGGAAGGUGGGGUUCGGGCUGGGCAGAACUGUUGUGAAUAGGCAGCUUAACUCCCCACCCUUAAAACCAGGGCAUCAGGUGGAAAUCAAAGUGUUUUUACUGAACUCAUGCUCUGUUCCGUCUGAGACCAUGGGAAUGCCAAGACCGUUAUUUUCUGUGUGCUCAGCAAUUUUCAUGGCUAGAAACUAUUUCAGGAGAAAACAGUAUUGUUUCCUCUUAGAAAUUCAGUGCUGAAAAGCUACUAAGUUACAGCUGAUUUGAUGAUAAGUCCUUUCCAACAAAUACACCGUUAGCUUUGGGGCAGAGCUGGUUCUAGCGGCAGCGCCGUGGUGUCCGUGUGAGUGCUGAGGCGAGGGGUGGGAAUGUUACCAAACUGUCAUUAGCUUUGGCCAAGUGACCGUCUUCUCUUUUUAGCUCUCUGAAGGAGGCGAGUGCAAGAGGAUGUGUGUGCAUAUGCGCGUGCAUUAUGAGAACAUUCGAAUGCGGAGUUGGCCACUUAGUUCCGUGCCGUCUCCACCUCUGCCUGAACAAGCUUUGCUUUGCCGUAAUAAUUAGACAAAGCCACUGCUUCCUGACCACCCGCUCGUUUGCUUUUGCAAGCAAAUCCGUUUUUCUCUCUGCCUGUGAGCUAGUGUGCACUCUCAAGUAUCCGAUAGCUUCCUUUUGAAAUUCCCUCCAUAAAACCACUCUGCCUCUGUCCUAACGCCUCUUUUUUCCCAGAAAUCCGAUUGGGGAGGGGGACUCUGGAUUGCCACGUCUAGAGUGCUUUUUGUGCCCAAUUCUGGUUAAGAUAUCUUAAGCACUUUAUGGCAUUUGAACACUGGCUUUAUUAUUUAUUUUAUUUUUAUUUUAUUUUUUAGUAAUCUCGCUAGGGUGGCUAAUCAACUAAUUUAUUUAAUUCAUUAGUAUAUUAAUUUCUAUUGCUUUCUUCCUUUCAAAUGCUGCC